GUCGACUACAAGUCGCGGUGCGCCGCAGCGGUCUCCCAGUCGCCCUGCCCGGGUCGCGCGAUGCAGACCUCCGUGCUCCUAUUGCCGCUGGUGCCACUGCUGGCCGCCGCCGGCCCGCUGCCGCCGCCGGCCGGCGCCCCCGACACCCUGCGGCUGGUGCACGUGCUGUACCGACACGGCGCGCGCAGUCCCGUCAUUGACUACCCGACCGACCCGAACCCGGACCCGUGGCCGAUCGGACUGGGCCAGCUCACCAACGAGGGCAAGCAGAACCAGCUCGAGCUGGGCCGCUUCCUUCGCAGCCGCUAUGACGGCUUUCUGCCGGAGCUGUACCACAUGAACUACACCCGCGUGGAGGCCACGGACGUGGACCGGUGUCUGAUGUCGGCGCAGGCCAACCUGGCCGGCCUGUUCCCGCCGCGGGGAGAGGACGUCUGGGACGCCGAGAUCGCCUGGCAGCCGAUCCCCGUGCACACCGUGCCGGUCGAUGACGACCUCAAGCUGAAGACCUACAAGGUCUCGUGCCCGGUGUACCUGCAGGAGCGGGACCGGGUGUUCGCCUCUGACGAGAUGGCGGCGAUCGACGCCGACAACAGCGCGCUGUACGCCUACCUGACCGAGUACAGCGGGUUGGACGUCAGCAGCGUGGACGCCGCCGGAGACCUGUACGACACGCUGUGGAUCGACGACGGCCACAACCGGACGGUGCCCGAGUGGGCGCACGCCGUGCCGCCGGGCUGCGCGGCGCCGGCCUUCCCGGACCUGCUGCGGCCGCUGCGGGACCUGCAAUUCGCCCUGUACGGCGUCACGCCGCUCCUGCGCCGGCUCGGCGGCGGGCCCCUGCUCAAGGACAUGCUGGAGCACAUGCAGGACAGCGUGGACGGCCGCCUGGAGCCGCCCAGCAGGAAGCUGUUCGCCUACUCGGGCCACGACAACAACGUGGCCUGUCUGCUCACCACACUCGGGCUCUACAACGGCCUGGCGCCGCCGCUGGCCUGCGCCGUGCUGGUGGAGCUGCACGAGGAGCCCGAGGUCGGUCCCACCGUGCAGCUGUUCUACCGGAACGACACCACCGCCGAGCCGUACCCGCUGCAGCUGCCCGGCUGCCAGCUCAGCUGCCCGUGGGACACCUUCGUCCAGCUCACCGCAGACGUGGUGCCCGGCGACGUGCGCGCCGAGUGUGGCCUGUAGGACGGGCCGAGUGUGGUCUUAAGGACGGGCCGAGUGUGGCCUGUAGGACGGGCCGAGUGUGGUCUAAAGGACGGACCGAGUGUGGUCUGUAGGACGGGCCGAGUGUGGUCUGUAGGACGGGCCGAGUGUGGCCUGGAGGACGGGCCGAGUGUGGUCUGUAGGACGGGCCGAGUGUGGUCUAAAGGACGGACCGAGUGUGGUCUGUAGGACGGGCCGAGUGUGGUCUGUAGGACGGGCCGAGUGUGGUCUGUAGGACGGGCCGACCGAGUGUGGUCUGUGGGACGGGCCGACCGAGUGUGGUCUGUGGGACGGGCCGACCGAGUGUGGUCUGGAGGACGGACCGAGUGUGGUCUGUGGGACGGGCCGACCGAGUGUGGUCUGGAGGACGGACCGAGUGUGGUCUGUGGGACGAGCCGAGUGUGGUUUGUAGGACGGACCGAGUGUGGUCUGGAGGACGGGCCGAUUGUGGUAUGUAGGACGGGCUGAGUGUGGUCUGUAUAUUGCACAGAACGGGCCGAGUGGUCUGCGGUGUGUGCUGAAUGUGGCUUGUAUUGUGCGCGGCGAGUGUGGUCGUUUAGCACGUGGACCACACUGGCGGACAGGGUCACAGGCAGUGUGGUCUGACUGGACGGAUCGAGACAGGGUGACCUCUAAAAUGGCGAGAUAAGCCUUGAAGGCAGGCAAGAAGGAGAAGGGAGUCAGGUCUGCAAGCAAUUAAUUGUUUUUUGGGAUACCAAUCACCAUUGACUAUUGUCCCCAAUUCAGCAUUAAUUACCUACGAUUUUUCAUUUUUCAUAUUUCAGCUUCAUCCUAUUUAUAUUUUUUCCUCAUAUUUUCCUUACUUCGUAAACCAUAACCAUCGACGAAAAAUGUGCAAAAAAGGGAUGUGUAUCCCCUCUCCUUUGCAACAAAAAGGGCAUGAUCCAAGCCAAAUAAAAGAAAAUAAGCU